UUCUAUCGAUCUUUUGCCAUCAGCAAUCACCCGGACGGAAAUUUCUGGGACGACGAUGUGCACGACUACGCCGAUCUCACUUGGGAUACCGUAGAGGUGCUGAUGAACAAAAUUGCAAGUCUGCCCGUUUCGCCAAUAUAUUCAUUUCCAUCUUUUGGCGGAUUCCAGGGUGACAACGUGCUUCUUCUCCUUCACAAUGUAAUUCAGCUGCCGCUGUCACUGCUUGCUGCAAGUCGAAUUGGAAUCGUUUCCGUCAUACUGGUUAGUGAAGAUUCAAUGCGGCGAUUACCUGUAUUGGUGGCGAACUGGGACAGGGUUUGGCCAGGCUGA